GUACAGUGAGGGAAAGAGCCAGGGAACCAGCGCGGUGCCUACAGAACUCCAGGCUGGAAUCCUCGACACACAAGUGCAUCUGCUAGCAUUAGCACUUGGCAGACGGAUUCUCCUCCAGGGUAUCUUUGACUCUGGGUAAUAAUGCUUGUCAGCUACCUGUUAUUAGUGUUGCUCCACACUGAGACAGCACUGUUAGCAAGACCUGGGGGAGAGAGCAUUGGCUGUGACGACUUCCUGGGAUCCGACAAAGUCGUGGACAAGUGUGGGGUGUGUGGAGGUGAUAACUCGGGCUGCCAGGUGGUGUCGGGAGUGUUUAAGCACGCCCUCACCAGCCUGGGCUACCACCGAGUUGUAGAGAUUCCCCAAGGAGCCACAAAAAUUAACAUUACAGAGAUGCAGAAGAGCAACAACUAUUUAGCCUUACGAAGUCGCUCUGGGCGCUCCAUCAUCAACGGGAACUGGGCGAUCGACCGCCCGGGGAAGUACGAGGGCGGAGGGACGAUGUUCACCUACAAGCGACCGAAUGAAAUCUCCAGCACUGCUGGGGAGUCUUUUUUGGCUGAAGGUCCCACUAAUGAGAUCCUGGAUGUCUAUAUGAUACACCAGCAACCCAACCCAGGGGUCCACUACGAGUACGUGAUCAUGGGGAACAAUGCCAUCAGCCCACAGGUGCCACCGCACAGGAGACCAGGAGAGCCUUUCAAUGGGCAGUUGGAAGCAGAAGGUAGAGGCCAGGAGGACAAAGAAGAGAAAGAGAAGAGCCAGGAGAAGGAAGACACACAUGCUGUGGCCCCUGAGGUGUUCACCUCAGACUCCACACAGACCUUCCCAGUCAGGCAUCCUGAGCGGUUCCCUUCCCACCGACCAGACAACUUGGUGCCCCCAGCACCACAGCCCCCCAGGCGAAGCCGGGAGCACAACUGGAAGCAGCUGGGGACCACAGAGUGCUCCACCACCUGUGGGAAAGGAUCGCAGUACCCUAUCUUCCGCUGUGUGCACAGAAACACACACGAGGAGGUUCCCGAGAGCUACUGUGACUCCAGCAUGAAGCCGACCCCAGAGGAGGAGCCCUGCAACCUCUUCCCCUGCCCAGCCUUCUGGGACAUUGGAGAGUGGUCCGAGUGCAGCAAAACCUGUGGCCUGGGCAUGCAGCAUCGCCAGGUCCUAUGCCGCCAGGUAUACGCCAACCGCAGCCUAACGGUGCAGCCCUACCGCUGCCAGCAUCUGGAGAAGCCAGAGACCACCAGCACCUGCCAGCUCAAGAUCUGCAGCGAAUGGCAGAUUCGGACCGACUGGACCUCGUGCUCAGUGCCCUGUGGUGUGGGCCAGCGAACCCGAGACGUGAAGUGUGUGAGCAACAUUGGGGACAUGGUGGAUGACGAGGAGUGCAACAUGAAGCUCCGCCCAAACGACAUCGAGAACUGUGACAUGGGGCCCUGUGCGAAGAGCUGGUUCCUCACAGAAUGGAGCGAAAGGUGCUCAGCAGAGUGUGGGGCUGGAGUGAGGACACGCUCAGUGGUGUGCAUGGCCAACCACGUCAGCAGUCUGCCUUUGGAAGGCUGCGGGAACAACAGGCCAGCGGAGGUUACACCUUGUGACAAUGGGCCCUGCACAGGCAAGGUGGAGUGGUUCACUGGUAGCUGGAGUCAGUGUUCUGUCGAGUGUGGCAGUGGGACACAGCAGAGGGAGGUGAUCUGUGUGAGGAAGAACGCAGACGCCUUUGAAGUGCUAGACCCUUAUGAGUGUUCGUUCCUGGAGAAGCCCCCAAGCCAGCAAGCCUGCCACCUCAAGCCUUGUGGGGCUAAGUGGUUUAGCACGGAAUGGAGCAUGUGCUCCAAGAGCUGUCAAGGCGGGUUCCGGGUACGGGAAGUCCGGUGCCUGUCAGAUGACAUGACCCCUGGUAGCCUCUGCGACCCCCAGCUGAAACCAGAAGAGAGAGAAUCUUGUAAUCCUCAGGACUGUGUCCCUGAAGUUGACGAAAACUGCAAGGAUAAGUACUACAACUGCAACGUGGUGGUCCAGGCGCGCCUCUGCGUCUACAACUACUACAAGACCGCCUGCUGUGCCUCUUGCACCCGAGUGGCCAACAGACACACGGGCUUCUCGGGGAGCCGAUAACACCCCUGCCC